CCACACAGAAACUGUCCGAGGUCAGCGAGGAGACCAGAUCCCAUGGAGGCGGCGGGCUGCAGCUACCAAUUUCGGAUCGCGCUGCUCGGAGACGCGAGGGUGGGCAAGACGUCACUGCUACGGUGUUACGUGUCGGGCGCCGGGGAGGCGGCGGAGCCGGAUCCCGAACCUACGGUGGGCGUGGAGUUCUACAGCCGCUCGCUGCAGCUGCCAGCCGGGCUGCGAGUCAAGCUGCAGCUCUGGGACACCGCUGGUCAAGAGUGCUUCAGGUGCAUCACCAGGUCCUUCUACCGGAACAUGGUGGGCGUUCUGUUGGUCUUUGAUGUGACGAACAGAGAGUCCUUUGAACAUAUCCAAGCCUGGCACCAGGAGGUCGUAUCCACUCAGGGCCCUGACAAGGUGGUCUUCUUACUGGUUGGCCACAAGUGUGACCUGAGCACCCGAUGCGUCUCCACUCAGGAGGCAGAGGAACUUGCUGCCUCUCUGGGAAUGGGCUUCAUGGAGACCUCAGCCAAAAGCAACUGCAAUGUCGACCUGGCCUUUGACACUGUCACCAGCGCCAUCGAACGGGCCCUGCAGCAGGGGAACAUCAAGCUGGACGAGGACUGGGCAGGUGUCCGGCUCCUCCAUAGAUCCCCAAACUCUAGAUCCUCCAGCAGGAAGCAGGACACAGGCUCAUGCCAGUGUUGACUCCAGGAGAGAAAAGGUUAAAGUGGUACCAACCUCAGACUCUCUGGUGAGACAGGAGGACCACAAAAAACGACAAUACCAACAGUCUCCUGGCAUGUCCCUGCCUUCUAAUUCUUGGGAUUUAUUUUUUCUUCGUCAGAAAUUCAACACAGGGCUAGCUAGCUACAGACCGCCUCAACUCUCUUACAUUUUCAGAAUGGAUCUUGAUAAACUGCCCAGUCCGGCCUUGAGCUAGUAACCUUCUUGGGUGAUUGAGAUUACAGAAGUGUUUCACUAAGCUAGAAUCUCUGGGUUUUUAGUUCUCUGCACAACUCCUUUCUAGAGGAAAAUCUAAGAUCAGGAAUGGGAUUUAUUGGGACUUGUGGUGGCGCACAAAUACCUGUAAUCCCCAAGCUUGAAAGGCAGAGGCAAGAUGGGGGUUUAAACACAUUCUCAGCUCGAGCUCUGUAGACAGUUGAAGGUCUCAGGAGUGAGGGCACUGGCUGUUCUUCCAGUGGACCAGGCUACAUGCAAAGACCAAUAGGGACAGGCUUGCUCACUCAGCACCUUCCCUGCUUUGACAGGUGAAUGGUAAUAUCAUGCUUCUGGGCUUCUCUCGGCUUCCACAUAGUUAUUCUGGCAGUGUUUCUGGGCUGGAAGACAGCGUCCCAGUGUCUGUCCACGGCUUUGCUGGCAAGGCAGUGUGGGGAAUUCUAGUGGAAAUUUUAGUGCUUCCCAACCCUUAGGGUAGCGUGCAUCUGGCCCUAACACGUGGUGCUUCUCACAGCUCCCAACUCAAGCUCAGUGCCUAGGGUUGACUUUCAGGGUUGACCAUGAAUGAGCAGCAGACUUGUUAGGCACUGUCUGGAACCUGGUCGUCCUUAGGGCAACCCACAUCUGUCUAUGAGAAUGGUGUUCAAGGCAUAGAAGCCUGUUCCUUUCAACUCAGCACUGAGGAGGCAGAGAUAGGUGGAUCAGCCUGAUCUACUAUGCUACUCAGUAAGAUGAUAUCAAAACAAACAAACAAACAAGGAGACAGGGAGGGGCCUGGAGAGAUGGCUCAGCAGUUCCGAGCCCUUGUUAAUAGUAUAGAGUAGUAAUUCAAUGUUUAGCAUCCACCGUGAGUUACAACCAUCCAUCACUUCAGUCUACCAGGCUUGUAUACGGCACACAUACAAAUGGUAGCAAAACAUUCAUACAAGAAGUGGCUCGGGUUUGUGA